UGUUUUGAUUUUCGUUUUUCGUCGUUGGUUGCUUCUGCUUGUAUGACUUGUAUCAGCAAUACCGGCAUUAACUUGAUUUAUAGAAUCUCCAAGUAUUAACUUACCCUUUCAGAAACUUACUAAAUUGCUAUCGAUUCUGUUAAAAAUAUAAUGUCUCCGAAACUUAUAGAUAAAUUCAAACAGUUCGAUGCUUACGCUAAAACUUUAGAAGAUUUUAGAGUAAAAACUGCUACUGGAGCAACAGUGACUAUAACCGGAGCUAUUGUGAUGGUGUUGCUGUUUAUGUCUGAAUUUCACACUUACAUGUCUCCAAAUAUAUCCGAAGAACUCUUCGUUGACACAUCUAAGGGUGACAAGCUUCGUAUUAAUCUAGAUAUCAUUGUUCCAACUAUAUCUUGCAACUAUUUGGUGCUAGAUGCGAUGGAUUCUUCUGGUGAACAACAUCUUCAAAUGGACCAUAAUAUACAUAAAAGAAGACUAGACUUAGAUGGUAAUCCCAUAGAUGAACCAAAGAGACAAGAGAUAAUCACCUCUUCUACUGUAAGGACAAACAUAUCAGAAGUUGCUAUUGUGCAAUGUGGCAGUUGUUAUGGAGCUGCACUAAAUGAAUCUCAAUGCUGUAAUACUUGCAGUGAAGUUAAGGAAGCCUACCACCAGAGGAGGUGGGCUUUGCCAGACCUCUCUACAAUAGAACAGUGUAAGAAUGAUGAGUCAGCUGACUCGGCUGAUUUAGCUCUGAAGGAAGGCUGCCAAAUCUAUGGACAUAUGGAAGUUAACAGGGUUGGUGGCAGUUUUCAUAUAGCACCAGGGAAAAGCUUCACCAUCAACCACAUACAUGUACAUGAUGUUCAACCAUACUCCUCUUCAGUGUUUAACACUACUCAUAUAAUUCGGCAUCUUUCAUUUGGAAAAUCUGUUGAAAGUGCCAACACGGCUCCGCUAGAUGGAGUAACUGGGGUGGCCAAAGAAGCAGCCGUAAUGUUCCAGUAUUACAUAAAAAUAGUACCCACUAUGUAUGUAAAAUUAGAUAAGACAAUACUGCACACCAACCAGUUCUCAGUUACACGGCAUCAGAAGGCUGUUUCUGGUGUGAAUGCCGAAUCUGGAAUGCCUGGUGCAUUUUUCAGUUAUGAGUUGUCUCCACUCAUGGUCAAAUACACAGAAAAAGAAAGAUCCAUUGGACAUUUAGCUACUAACAUAUGUGCAAUAGUGGGAGGAGUUUUUACAGUAGCUGGGAUUGUGGAUGCUCUUUUAUAUCACUCAUUGAAUGCAUUUCAUAACAAAAUUGUAUUAGGUAAAGCAGGUUAAUAUGCUCAUAAAGUUUUAAGAAAUAAAUUAUAAUCACUGACACUA